AUGCCGCCGGCACGAGCCAACCCCUUUGGCCCGACUAUGCAUGUCCCCUCCUCCUUCGCACAGCAACAGGGCGGACAUCCGAUGGGAGUAGGCGGAGGUGGUGGGGGAGGUGGGGGGGGUAUGCACAGCUUGAUGGAAACUAAUAGAUACCCGUCACAACAGCAAAUGUUCAAUGCUCAACAACAAGCCGCUGCCGUCGCUGCCCAAAGAAGCAACCAACAACAACAGCUACAAGCCCAACAGCAAGCCCAACAGCAACAAGCACAGCAACAAGCGCGGGAGCAUCUUCAACAGCAGCAGCAAAGUCUUCUUGGUCUAAUGGGUAGAGGCUCUUCAAUAAACGGUGGGAAUAUUCCAGCAGGAUUGGUUGGCAGGCCCGGUAUGGGUGCCAACAUGGGCGUUGGAGUUGGUGGGGGUGCUGUAGGUCUCGAUGGAAGGUCCAAUGGAGCUCUACCGCAAGGAGAUUCGCAGAUCAGAGAUGUCUGGGCAGAAGAUCUAAAUAGAGAGAUGGGGGUUCUUCGAAGCGUGGUGGAUAAGUACCCGUAUAUUGCUAUGGACACUGAAUUCCCAGGUAUCGUGGCUCGUCCCAUCGGUGCAUUCAAAUCCAAAGCCGACUACCAUUACCAAACUCUCCGAUGCAACGUCGACAUGCUCAAGAUCAUUCAGCUCGGAAUAACUCUCUCCGACGAGAACGGAGAACUCGCUAAGGUUGAUGGUACUGUCUGUACUUGGCAAUUCAACUUCAAAUUCUCUCUCAACGAGGACAUGUAUGCUCAAGAAUCUAUCGAUCUCCUCACCAAAAGCGGUAUCGACUUCGUAAAACAUGCCAACCACGGUAUCGACGUGUAUGCAUUUGGCGAUCUCCUAAUUUCCUCUGGUUUAGUAAUGCUGGAUGAAGUCAAGUGGAUUUCGUUCCAUUCGGGGUACGAUUUUGGAUACUUGGUCAAGAUUAUGUCCUGUAAACCGCUGCCAACGGAAGAAUCAGAAUUCCGAACGCUCCUUGGAAAAUAUUUCCCUGCACUCUAUGAUAUCAAGUUCCUCAUGAAAUCAUGUCGGUCAUUGAAAGGUGGUCUACAGGAUAUUGCGGAAGAUAUGUGCGUGGCGAGAAUCGGCCCACAGCAUCAAGCAGGAAGUGAUAGUUUACUCACCGGCAACAUCUUUUUUGAGAUGAGGGAUCGAUUCUUUGAUGGAAAGAUUGAUGAUUCAAAGUUUCUUGGCCAAGUCUGGGGUCUCAACGGUGCUGGUAUCUCUCCGCCAAACAUCAACGGUGCAGGAACGGUUGUCUACAACAAUGGCAUACCAGUUCCAUCAACACCAACAAACGCAAACGGAAACAGGGAGUCUACAUCAACGCCUACCGGCAACACAACUCCUGGGCAGGAGAGCCAGAACGCAAGGCAAACUCCUGGGACGCCAAGUUUUUACGGUAAAAUGGGGGGUAUGUAA